AUGACAACGAAAGUGCCAACUAAGCUAUCAUGGAACUUCAAGAAGGCUGACUGGCCUCGAUUCACAAACCUUUUAGACAAUGAACUUCGCACAAGUCCCCUCAACUUCAACCAACAUCCUGACAAACUUUGCAAUGAUAUCACGAAUAUUAUGAUCAGAUAUGCAAAGGAAACUAUUCCCCUUGGAACUGGAAAGAUAGUGUUUUGGUCUAAACACCUUGAGGAACUAAAAAGAAAGCUGUUUUGGUCUGAACACCUUGAGGAACUGAAAAGAAAGCGAGACGCCCUUGGCAAUACUGCUGAUCAGACUGGAAGAACGGAAGACGUACAGACCUGGAGACAGCAGUCAACUGUCCUAAGGCAAGCCAUCUUACAAGCUAAACGGACUGCCUUCGACAACUUCCUCUCAAAUAUCAACUAUCAAAGUGAUAGCCAACGCACUUUCCAACAAAUAUCAACUAUCAAAGUGAUAGCCAACGCACUUUAA